ACAGCCAGUCCCGGGCUCAAUGGGUUGGUGGUUCGGAGCGGGCGCUGCGCUGUUGGCGCUCGUCUGCGUUUUCAUUGCGCGAAUUUUCCUAGUACUCCGGAGAAAUGAGACGCAAGAGCCCCGCAAGCGGGGUUCCGCCAGCAUCCUGGUGGUUGUCGGCUCGGGAGGACACACCUCGGAGAUCCUCAGGCUGGUGGGCAGCCUCUCUGCCUCGUAUGCCCCCAGGCAUUACGUCAUUGCUGAAACAGACAGGAUGAGUGAAGACAAGGUCCGCACGCUUGAGGCUGCCAGAACUGAAGGAGGUUCUGAACCUCAGUAUACCAUUCAUCGGAUUCCACGUAGUCGUGAAGUUCGUCAGUCCUGGGCAUCGUCAGUGGUCUCCACACUAUAUGCACUGUUGUAUUCCAUCCCACUGGUAUUCCAGCUGAAACCAGACAUGGUUCUGUGUAACGGACCAGGGACAUGUGUGCCCCCCUGUAUAUCUGCUCUGUUGCUCCGAAUACUUGGAAUGAAGAAGGUGCUGAUUAUCUACAUCGAGAGCAUCUGCCGUGUGGAAACCUUGUCCCUUUCUGGGAAGAUACUGUACAGUCUGUCAGAUUACUUUUUUGUUCAGUGGCCCACACUGAAGAAGAAGUAUCCUAAAGCAGUGUUCCUUGGUCGACUGGUUUGAACAUAGCUUUGGAGACCAGGGCAGUGAUUGUAGAGAUAAUGUUUGCUUACAGAUGGCAGGAAGCAGCUGCAAUACAGAAUAAGUAAUGUUCUAGACUCUAAGGAGGAAAACGGGUAUUGAAAAGUUCAGUGUAAAUUUAUGAUUUUGUGGAUUCAUCCACUAGAUUGGCAUUUGCGAUCUCAAGACUGUUACCGGGCCAGAGAACGAAGUAUUAGCCACGAACAUCAGAGUGUGAGGGAGUCAACCUCUAAAUAAGUGACCUUAUAACGUUCAAAACACUGACUGCUUCAAGUACAUAGAUUCCUUUGUUCCUCCCACUAUUAAUGAUUACGAAACAAACUGUGUUCAUCAUUCCUCACUUUCGUUAUGAGAGUUUUUUCCAUGCACAAAUCUCCCAUUUUCUUACCCCAAUGAAUUUAUGUUGGGGCAUGUGGUUGUUUGGAGUAUUUAAUGAUGGGUAAAGCCUGUUACACCAAACAAGCCCAAUGAUUUUAACGGAUUCACCCCAGCUAGUCUUCUAACAGUUCACUGCAUCAGUGACUAUUUAAGCACAAAGCAACAGAACAUAGAGCUAUGCGGAACAGAUUGCACACUUCGUCCACCUACUCCAUCUGCCCCUCACCCACACACACCUCCCACUGGGUUCCCUCCCCCCCCCCCAACCCCCCCACCAUUCCUAUCUGCCCACCCCACCUCCCUUAUUUAGUUCCAUGCUCCACCUUCCUUUCCUGUCAAACUCCAUCAUCUGCAGCUCUUUGUUGCCUCCACCUGUCACCUCCCACCCUUUAUCCCUAUUUCCACUCUUCCCUUCUCCAUCUGCCAAUCACCCCUCCUCGCCUGCAUCCACCUCUCACAUACCUCCACUUCUCUCCCUCACUGGCUAUCUCCCCUCUGCUCCUUCAGUCUAAAUGAGGGGUCUAGGGUCUUGACCCGAAAUGUCAACUGUUCAUUUCCCUUCACGGAUGCUACCUGACCUGCUGAGUUCCUCCAGCAGUUCUUUUUUUGCAAUUUUCUAAGAUUGGAAUAUUGUAUUCACCCUGAUUCAAACUGGCUCUUUGUAACCCAGGUCACACUCAUUACAUCAUGCAAAAACAUCCACACAAGUGAGCACUUCAAGGAAGAUGAGCACUCUGUUAACCACCCGAAACAUUCAUUCCCUCCGCCGUUGGCACACAGCGGCUGCAGUGUGUGUCAUCCGCAAAAGGCAUUGCAGUUACUUGUUCAAGCCAGUCCGACAGCAUCUCCCAAAUCCUUAACUCCUGCCAUCAAGAAGGACGGGAGCAACAGGUACAGCAAAGUACCACCAUCUGCAGACUCCCCUGAAGUUGCACAGUGUCCCAACUUGGAAAUAUAUUGCUGUUUUUCCAUAAUUGCUGGGUCUCAAUCCUGGAACUCCCUUCCCAACAGCACUGUGAAAGUACCUUCGCCACAAGCACUGCAGCAGCUCAAAACUCUUCCUUCUCAAGGGCAAUUAGGGAUAGGCGAUAAAUGCUGGCCUUGCCGGCAAUGCCUAUAGAUCUUGAAAACAAAUGUAUAAAGAAGACAAUAAUUUUUUUUAAAAAGCAACAAAAAGUAAAAUCUGGCUUUGUUAUUGAUGUCCUGCAUGUGCGUUGGUUGAAAAAUCUGUCUUAAGCUUGGCAGAGAUUCAAUGUGUACAGAAUGCAACAAUAAUUCAUAGGCAACAGCCAGUUUCUUUCCUUUCAGUGUUGCCGAGUUAUGGUAAUUGUAUUCUAAAUGAAUUGGUGUGCAGAUUCCUACCCUGACCUCAAUGUGUCAUGUUUAUUUUAUGUCAAAUGUAAAUUCUAUUUGUCUGCAUUCUGAACUGACACCAGCACGGACCGGAGGUUAAAGAGUGGCCUCUUUUCUGCAGAAACUCCACAAAAGGAGAUCUGUCUUGCAGACCUCAAUUCAUGCCGGCUGCAGCUGCAGGCUACAAAUCACUUCAGGGUUUAAACGGGAACGUAUUUAUAUUUAUGCUACUGUACUCCUUAUUGAUGGACUCGCUUUGAUUUCAUUAAGUUCCAAAACAGUCCACUUGAUUAACGAGGGCCACGAGGAAAAAAGACCACAAUCGGAAAUGGCAAAUCGAAGUCAAAUGAACUGAAAGAUAUCAAGAAGCUUUGCUAAAGUAUUGAGCAUUCAUUGUCACGUGCUAAACAGAAAAUUAAGGAGAAGAAUUGUAACCAUUCAAUAUUUCAGCUCAGUGCGAAAGGUUUGAAGAUGGAAGUGGAGCACUAUGGAGCAUCAUCAUCCAGUUAGGCUAGUUUGGAUGUUAUGGUCAAAAUGGGAAGAGGUUUGCAGAACAGUUACUAUUUUGAUGUGUUAAAAUCCUGCAAAGAAGAAUACAAUUUUUGACCAGGUUUUGGUUAAUGAAUUGGAUGGGAUAAGUAAAUGGUUUGUAUGAAAUCCAGUCCUAAAACCCCCAUCCAAAACUGUUCAUCCUCAACUUUAAUCAUUCCAUCAUUGGCUGUUGUGGUUUUAACUGCUUAGGCUUUAGAUAUUUGAAUUUUUAAGCUUCUUUAACUUGUCUCUUUACCACAUUGUUUCUUGUAUUUAUUUAAACCCACCUCUGUGACCAAGCUUUUGGUUACCUGCCUUAAUAUCCGUGUAUGUGUUUAUCAAAAUUAGUUUGAUGACCUUUCUGUUGAACACUUCCCUAAACUACAUGUUAAAGGUAGGAGAAAACUUAAGGAUUAAUGUUCAUUGUCAAAUAAUGUUGAGUCAGAAUUCAAGAGAAAAAAAUCCCUGCAAACAAGGUGAAUGGGAAAGCACCAGUGGGCUGAAAGGAACUAUAAAUCAAAUUCAUUGGGUGGAGAAUUUUACACAAAUCAACAUUACAGCAGCUUGAUGAAAGGAAGAUGAGGGGGAAAAGAGAAUCUAUAUUAAUGUAACAUUUUGUUCCCUACACUUGGCACAGCCCAGAUUCUUCACAACCACAAAAGAUAGUCAGCACUUUGCAAAUAACAAAUAAUGAUGUUUAUCCCACCUAGUACACCUCCAAUAGCAGCAAGAUGGGAAAAGUCUAUGAUCUGCUUUGGAACAAAAGUAAAAUCCAGGGCAUCUUUAUGUCUGCCCUAGUAGGUAAUGGAUAAAUAAGGAACAGAAGUGAACCAUUCAACCUCUACGUCUGUUGAUUAACGUCUUAUUCAAAGGGCAAUGCAGCACUCACAGUCAUUUAGCACAGAAACAGGCCCUUCAUCCCAUCAAAUUCACACUGACCAUCAAGCACCCAUUUACACUAACCCUACACUAAUCACAUUUAAUUCUCUCCACAUUCCCAUCAACUCCUGCCAGAUUCUACCACUCACCCACACACUAGGGACAAUUUACAACGGCUGAUUAACCUACAUACCCAGAAGUCUGGGAUGUGGGAGAAAACUGGAGUGCCUGGAGGAAACACACAGGAGAAUGUACAAGCUCCACACAGACAGCACUGGAGGUCAGGACUGAACCAUUCCCUUAGUUCUAAACUGAUCUGGAAUAUGCGGCCAAAUCCCAGCAUGGAACUGAAACCCAAAUCUUUUGAUAAUGAGAGAAGAUUUGGACCACUGAAUAACAGGAAUAGGAGGGAGGCGAAACAUAAUCUGAGUAGGAAUGAAGUUUGGCAAAGUCCAGAGCUCCGUGGGUGAUGACAGAAAUCAAAGGAAAUAUGAAGUCUGAGUCUAAGAAGGAGGCACUGCAUAAAGGCAAGGCUGCUGGUACAGAAGAAGUGCCAAAAAUAUAGAAACUUCAGAGUGUUGUGUACAGGUUGGGCACCCAAUUACAGGCAGGUUGCAAAAGUCAUAGGGAAAGAGUGACAUGGAUUAACUAGAAGAAUACCAAGCGAAGACAAGUUAUGAUACUCAAAAAAAAUCAGGUCAAAAUGCAGGUGAACAGAAAGUAUCAAGGAGACAAAUUCUGAAAGCGUUUUUGGUGGGUAAAUAAUCAAGGUUCAUUCAUUGGUAAAUCAGUAACUAAUUAAAUAAAAAGACCAAAGAUAAUCUUCAAACAAAAGGUUAUUAAGAUACUGAGUCAGGCAGGUAUAUGUUCAAGAUAUGUCUUGAAGAUUUGAACCAAUAAUCUUCUUUGUUACUCAACUGAGGGUGUGUUAGAGGAAUUGUGCUUUGGAGAGGAUAUUAAACCAAAGCCCUAUCUGGACUCUUAAGAACCCAAGCUACUUUUUCAAAGGUGACCAGGAUGGUGCAGGCAUUGAAACAACAUUGCUAAAACAUUACCUGUGCACUCUGUGGGACUGUCCUGAAGAUAGGUUGGUUGCAGUGUUUCCUAUGUUGAAGCACUCUGAUGCAUUUUAAAGGUAUUUUUUUGGCUGUAAUAUGCUUUGGAUGUCCUGAAGUUUGAAAGGUGUUCCAUAAAUACAACUUUGUUGUUUAUGUAAAUCAUAGAAUUUAAGUGAGAGCUAGAUAAUAAUGGAAAAGAUAGCAAAUGGGACAGGAAAGAGCAGACUAUUAUUGGAAUAACUAGUUCCAAUCUGAAGCCAGCAUAUAUAAUAGUAUGAAUCGUCAUCCUUGCUAAUUGGUGAUUCUAAGAUUAAUCAUUGCUUUUUAGUAGCUUAUAAAUUCCUUUCAUAUUCACGUGACAGACAAGCGUGAAGGAAGGAACAGCAGAAUGGAAAUAUAUUGUAUCAUGUGAGCAACUGUUGCAAUGAUAAUUCUGUUGGAUGUAAUUAUGAAGAUGAUAUUGACAGAUGAAUAUAUAUCACAAUUGGAGAAGUUUCUGUACUUAAUACUCAAACGCUAAAUUCUUCCCAUGUACAUUAAUGCCAUGCUAAAAGUAACAGAGUGGAGUGAAAUAUGAGCACAUGAAGCAAUUGUGUGUGGAGGUUGCUGAUUGGAAGGUGCUCCCUUUCAUGGCAUGGUUUCAUGAAAUAUUACUUGACUACUUCCCUGGUCCCAUGCUCAAAGGUGUGCACUUCACACAGCCUGUACCAGAAUGGCAAUAGGGUGCAAAAAUACCAAAGAGUGUCAAGACUUUGUCAGAUAUCAAGUAAAUACAUUCUGAGUUUGGGCUUUUUAAAAUUAACAGAAAAUGAUGAUUGUAAAGUACCACUCCUUGAGUAAGGAUUAUUAAGGUUGCCAUUAAAUGCAUAUUUCCUAAUUCUUUUCAAAACAAUGAAGAAAAUAGUUGUGAAAAAAAUGACUCCAGGUGCAUUUAGAAAAAUUAGUAAAAUGGAAGUUUUUGAAUUGGAAUUGGUUUAUUAUUGUCACAUGUACCAAGGUAUAGUGAAGAACUUGUCUUGCAUACUGUCCAUACAUAUCAAUUCAUUACACAGUGCAUCGAGGUAGAACAACGUAAAACAAUAACAGAAUGCAGAAUAAAGUGUAACAGCUACAGAGAAAGUGCAGUGCAGGCAGACAAUAAGGUGCAAGGUCAUAACGAGGUAGAUUAUGAGGUCAAGAGUCCAUUUUAUCAUACUAGGGAACCAACCGUUCAAUAGUCUUAUAACAGUGGGAUAGAAGCUGUCCUUGAGCCUGGUGGUGCAUGCUUUCAGGCUUUUGUAUCUUGUGCCCGAUGGGAGAGAGGAGAAGAGAGAAUGUGAAUAUUGAUGUAACAAAAUAAUCAAGCACCCUAAUUAAACAGAAUUUAAGGAGCCACUGAAGCAUACAGCAUGGAAACAGAUCCUUCAACCUACCAAGUCCAAGACUAAUAUUUACACAAAUCCCACACUAGUCAUAUUUUAUUCAUCCUACAUUCACAUCAACUGCUCCCAGAGUCUACCACUCACCUACAGUGUAGGGGCAAUUUACUGUCGCCAAUUAACCUACUAACCUGCACGUCCUUGGGAUGUGGAAGGAAACCAGAGCACUCUGAGAAAGCUCAUGCGGUCACAGGGAUAUUGUGAAAACUCCACACUGACGGGAUUGAACCUGGUUCACUGGACUGUGGGUUAACAGCUCUACUAGCUGUGUCUAAGUGUUGUGAAUUUUUUGAGUUCUGUAUCCUGAUGGGCUGUGAAUACAGUGUGAUUAACUAUAUUAAAGGCUGACAGAUUUUUGGGCUUUAGUGGAAUCAAAGGUAAUGGGGAUUGGGCAGGAAAAUGGAGUUGGGGCCAAAGAUCAACUCAGCCAUUAUCAGGUUUGGGGGUCCAAAUGGCCUCCCCCUAACCCUAUUUAUUAUGCUUUCACAUUGAUUAAGAAUCUUAAUCUGCGGGAUGUUGGACAAGGAUAGAUUCUAAUUUUCUAAUUCUGCAUUACAGAAAA